AUGAGGGCUGUGUACGAGAGGAUCCAGGAGAGGAGUUUACUGGGCGGAAGAGAGGAGCUGCCCGUCUCUAAUGGAGAAGGCAGGGGGAUGAGGAGGAGGCUAUCUUCGUUCUCGGAGAGGAUCCCGCCGCUGCCGUCGUCGUCGGACGCGGCGGCGGCGUUCCGGCGAACAAUGUCGAUGCCGGCGGUGGAACGGCUUCGGGGAUGGUCUCUGAGGGGCUGGUGGGACUGGGGGAGGAGAUGGAUCCUCUCCCGGAGAGCCCACUUCGCCGGCGACCUGGAGACGAACGAGGCGGCGCUGGGCGGCGGCGCUGGAACAUGGGGCCGCCUACUCUACAGGCUCCGCCGCUGCUUCCGCCGGCCCUCCGGUGGGAAGGGUUUCCGCUACGAUUCCUUCAGCUACGCACAGAACUUCGACGACGGCGUCCGGGCUGAAGACUGA